AUGAAACCGGCGCGGCGGUACGAACAUUGUAUAUUGACCGUGACCCUGCCAAUUUCCGAGAUAUUUUUAAGCAUCUUCAAGCUAACAAUCCCGUUUCCGAACCAAGGUUACCAUGUGCGACCACGAGAUGGAUUAUAUUUUGUUAGGUUGUUUGCGGACGCCCAAUUUUAUAGUUUACCGCGCUUGAUCUCCCAAUUGUUCGAGUCUGAGAUAUUCAUCCAAAUUGGAGGCCGGAAUUUUCAAAUUCCGCGGGACGUCUUUUCUAGCCCUGGUGAUUCGCCCAAUUUCUUCUCUCUCACAUUUGAGGCUUUCUUUGCCACGCCGGGAGAGGUUUUGCCCGGAUUGGACCGGCAGGGGCUUCUACGUCCACCAGCUAUCAUGCCUCCUAUGGUGCUCAACGGUCGGCUGAAGUGUUUGCUGAACUCCUGCAUUUGCUUAAGGGUUAUCCCAUUCAUAUACGGAACGAGGAACAUCGUGCAGAACUGCUACCUACAACCUGCUCCAGCAGAGUACAGAAAUCGUGAUUCAACUGCAAGAUAUCCAGCAGACGGGGGUCCAACUCGUCAGCGAUGGCUGCUCUCCAUCAGGAACUGCCUCCCCUGGUGGGGCCUCGGUUCGUUAUUCGCGCCCGUUGGUUCCGAAGCUGGCAAUAAACCCUGCCCAACCAACCUUGGAGAGUUUUCGGAUAGAAGCAACGGGACAUUCUCCGAGGUGGACAGUAAACCAAGCGACGAUGUAGCACAAUCGCGGAUAGCUACCGGGUUGGUGUUUACGUCUGGCCCCUCUCCGCCCUUGUUCCCGUCCAGCAACUCAGACCCAUUGCGGUCGCAUGAUGGCCAAGCAAUAUUAAAGUGUAAGAGAGAUGAUAGCAUGGACAAUCGUGGAGAGUGGCUGGUUCAAAAGGGCCAGUGGAAAUUGCGGCUGGAGGCUAGUGACGGGGAGAGUGGCACAGGGAGAAUGGAAAUUGUACUCGUUGCCGUCAAACUACAUGUUGUUAGUGGGCAACGGGCGCGGAAUUUGAGCCGGGGAUUCUUGGGCUAA